GCAGAAACGUCGGGCGGUCGAUUUAAUCGCUUCAAUCAUAAAGGCGCCGACAGGCUCACAGAAACACUUGAAUCUUUGUCUGCUUCAGCGCACAUGCUGUAUGAUGGUUUGCACUUUCCAAGUGCGGGGGAGUCUUGGGGGAAAGUCAUGGAGCUCGGUUCAAAUAUCCGAGGGAAUGUAGAUGAACUCCUCCUACACGCCAAUGAAUUCUAUCCCUCAAAGAUGUUGGAGUUCAAGGAGUCUGUGGAUAGCGUUUCCAGCACAGCUAAAUCGCUGCACCAAGUCGUCAAAAACGCCGCAGAACAACGUAAUAUUCCUUUCGAUUCAGUAUUAGAAGAACUUCGAAGUACCUUGCACGGCCUAUUCGAAGAGCUUAAAGAGCUGUUCCCGCCACCCGAGGAGGCUCCCGGUCACGAGAAUCGUACUCUCAUAAUCAACACAGUUCUUGAUCGCGCGGAGGAGAGUUUUCUACAGGUUGCGGUCAAGUAUGGAGCAAGUGAGGAAGUCCUGAAAAAUCACACCAGUUCUCUCAUGUCCGGUGUUCGACGUAUUCUGGCGAUCAUUGGUGACCUCUACGAACAGCACCCCAAGCUUGCGUGGACCCUCUUUUGCUUGGUGAUUGGUUCGCUAUUUGCGCAGGGGUUUCUUCUUGGCGCAGCCCUCCGCACAAUUGGUUUUGGGCGAUUGGGACCAAUCAAAGGAUCUCUUGUCGCAUGGUUGCAAAGGUGGUUAUUUGGCGGGGCUACCCCAGCGGGUAGCUGGUUUGCGAUACUCCAGCGCAUAGCCAUGAUGUUGUAAGGAUAGCAUAUCCCUUUACGCACUGACCACGACUUCAGACGAAAACACUCGAAGUAGUCCACGUGUCUCAUUUAUGCGAAGAGCUUUGAGACGCGCAGGUAUAUUCCUUUCAUUUCCUUUUUACGAUCUUGCACUUGUACUCUACACGCCGCAUUUCCUUUAUCACUCCCCCACGUCAUACCCAU